AUGGCAUAUUUUCACGGAAUGACAAUAGAUGGUGGAGUCCAGCGCUGUUAUCCUGUCUGGUUGAAGUUUGAAGAAUGUUUUAAAGGCUCUUACUAUUAGACAAAAACUGUUUAUAUAAUUAUUUUUAUAAUAAAUAAAUUAUUUUAUUAAUUUUUAUAGAUAUUUCCAAUAAAAAAAUAUAAAAGGGCGUUUUCCUCUGAAAGACUCAAUACAUUUAAAGGUGAGACUGACCCAAUGGAAAUCUGUAGAGACCAGUUUGACGACUAUGCAGAAUGCUAUAGGAGAAGAAAGGAAAAAAGACUGAAUUAUCGCAUUAAAGAAGAGCUGCACAAGUGGAAAGUCUUGGCUAUUCCUCAAUAUAACGAACUCACUGAUUCCUUCGAGCCAGUAAGGCUUCCAGCAGAUCCAGACGCCUAUUUUAACUAG